AUGUCUACCAUACUUCUUACUGGGGCAAACUCAUUUGUUGGCUCGCACAUCAUCGACGCUCUGAUCAAGCUCAACCACAAGGUGGUGGGAACGGUCCGGUCAGCGGCAGCUGCUAAUGGCAUUUACUCCCUUCACCCCGAAUGGAAGGACUCUCUUGAAAUAGUUGUUGUUGAGGACAUCACAAACGGAAGUGCUUGGGAUGAAUUGUUCAAAAAGAACAAAUUUGACCAUGUUGUGCAUGUCGCUGCGCCUCUUUUGGACAAUCCGGAUAAUACCGACUACGAUCAGCAUUUCCUAAAUCCCAGUGUUGAAGGCAACCUAGCGAUUCUUCGCUCUGCGCAAGCAAAUGCACCAACUCUGAAGUCGGUUGUCGUCACUGGCUCUAUCAAUGCCUGCACCACAGGUUCGCCUGAAGAGGUAUCUGGUGGCCCGCUCACCAACUCCACUUGGCUCCCAAUCUCUAAGGAAGCAGCACGCGAGGCCCAGAAUGCCUACAUCUCUUACUGCUCGGGAAAGAAAGAGGGAGAGCUUGCUAUCUGGGAUUUUGUCAAGACAAACUCUCCUCAAUUUUCUGUCACCGUCUUUCUGCCCGCGCUCAUCUUUGGACCUCCGAUAGAGCCAGUAAAGCAAGGCGCGAAGGGUCUGCACUACAGCGCCAAAAUUAUAUACAGCUUCUUUAAUGGUUCAUACACGAUAAUUCCGCCUACAACUUUCCCGAGUUACGUCGAUGUUCGUGACUUGGCUGAGGCACAUGUAAAAGCGCUCACGGAACCCAAGGUUGCUAAUAAGAGACUCACCAUUGGUGGCCAAUCCAUGACAUAUACAGCGAUCGUGCACUCCCUUGCCAAAGUGCCUGAACUUGAGGGCCGUUUGCCUGCCGACAGUGGAGAGGACGAACAAGUGGUUCCUGCAACAAUUAUUGCGGACGAGGCAACUGAGGCGCUCAAUUUGACAUUUAGAAGCCUUGAUGAGACGAUGGCUGACACGGCCAAGAGAAUCUUGGAAUUGGAGAAGUUAGUCUAA